AUGUCAUCAAGCUCAGACGAGGAUGUGAAAAACUUGAGCAAAAAGGAAAUUCAAGAAAUCGAGAGAAAGAAGAAGCGCAAUAAGCAGAAGAAACAAUCAAAGAGGCGAGCCAAUGCGAAGGAUACUAAGGAUUCUGGAAUUGAAGUGGAACCACAAGAUGAGCCACGCGAGGGUGAAAAGGAAGCACGAGAAAAGCAAGCGGAAGAUAUUGCUGAUAUUGUUAUCGACAUCGAAUACGUUGGAGAGAUGCCUGUUUUGGACCAGAAAGAUCCCAAUUUCACCUACUUCAACCAAAUCUUUAACACUUUCAAGAUCACUGGUGAUGAAAUCAAGAAAGAGGCAGAGGUUAAGUCAGAAGCGUUUCCGGUUGCAAAGAAAAGUGAAGAUGACAGCCGAGCUCUUACGGAGAAAAUUUUCCAAGAAGAAAUGCUGAGCAAUAAGGAAAAAGAAGACCAUAAAUUGAGCAAAAAGAAGUUGCGAUUAAUGCUUCAACCUUCGAUCGCGGCUCUAAAAGAAAACACUCCUCGUCCAGACGUUGUGGAAUGGGCCGAUGUUACUUCGCGUGAUCCGCAUUUGCUUGUGGCCAUGAAAGCUUAUAGAAACACAGUCCCCGUGCCACGACAUUGGAAUGCUAAGAGAAAAUAUCUAGCUGGAAAGCGUGGCUUCGAAAGAGCUCCAUUCCAGCUACCUGACUACAUUCGUCGAACAGGCAUUCAAGAAAUGCGAGAAUCUCUUUGGGAGAAGGAACAUUCACAAAAUCUGAAAUCAGUGGCGCGCGAAAGAGCUCGGCCUAAACUUGGAAAGAUUGACAUCGAUUACCAAAAGCUUCAUGAUGCAUUCUUCAAAUGGCAAACCAAACCUUUUAUGUCAAAGAUGGGCGAGCUUUACUAUGAAGGAAAAGAGGGUGAAGCGCAAAUGAGGGAUUUGAAGCCUGGAAAUCUUUCCGAUGAGCUCCGCAUUGCUUUGGGUAUGCCUGUUGGACCGAAUGCUCAGAAAUUUCCUCCUCCUUGGUUGAUCGCAAUGCAGCGCUACGGACCACCACCAUCAUAUCCAACAUUGAAAAUUGCGGGUCUUAGCGCUCCAAUUCCAGAGAGUUGUUCAUUUGGAUAUCAUGCGGGAGGAUGGGGAAAGCCACCUGUCGAUGAUUUUGGAAAGCCACUUUACGGAGAUGUUUUUGGACUUGAGGUGAGUCAUCUAGCCGACCAGGAAGACGAAAAUAUGAUUGAACGGCGUUUCUGGGGAGAAAUUGGCACUGAUGAGUCGAGUGAAGAAGAAUCUGAAGAAGAGGAAGAGGAGGAACAACCAGAAAAAGAACCUUCCGGUAUGAAGACACCAAUGGGUGAAGGUUUUGCAACUCCAUCGGGUAUUGCGUCAGGAGUGGUGACGGCUGUCUCUGGAAUGGAUACACCCGAAACAAUCGAAUUAAGAAAGGGUCGAAGAGCCGAUGAAAGUACAACUGGUGCGGACACUCCUGCUGCUGCCUAUCAUAUCAUUCCCGAAAAGAAAGUGGAUCGUGUUGCCGGAGCGAUGAUGGCUAGCACUCAUGUUUAUGAUCUCUCCAAAAAACAAGCGAUGAAUGAAGGUGGUGUAGAAAUUUCUCUUGAUCCAGAGUCUAUGGCUGAGCUUGAUCCAAAGAAAUUGGAAGAAAAGUACGAAGAGGUUCUAAGAAAGCAAAGCAAGGCCAACGCUGAAGGCAACGAAGAUUUUUCGGAUAUGGUGGCUGAACAUAGCGCUUCUCAAAAUCGCAAACGUAAAGCUGUGGAUACAAAGAAAACGGACAAAGGAAGCGGAAAGAAACAAAAAGAUUUUAAAAUGGCCGCCGGUGGUCAAGAUACAGUCUAUCAAGCGUUGUCUGCCGAUGAACCCUCAGCAGCACCGAUUGAAAUUGAGAGUCUUUGUAUGCAGUGUCAUGAAAAUGGAACAACCCGUUUGUUGUUGACUACGAUUCCAUACUACAAGGCCGUGAUUUUGAUGUCAUUUGAAUGCCCUCAUUGCGGUUGUAAAAACAACGAAAUUCAGAGUGGAGAGGCCGUUCAGGAGCAUGGGACUGAAAUAACGUUGAACGUAACGGAACCUGCAGACAUUCGAAGGCAACUUGUCAAAUCCGAAUAUGCGUCGAUUGAAGUUCCAUCAAUGCAACUAACAAUUCCACCUAAGUCUCAGCCUGGCGAGGUCACCACAGUUGAAGGAGUGAUACAACGAGUUAUUGAUGGGUUGUCUCAAGAGCAAGAGGAAAGAAAAAAAUUGCACCCGGAAUUGGCGGAACAAAUUGCGGAGUUUCUUGGGAAACUUCAGCGAUUGUUGGAUUUAAGGGAACCCUGGAAACUGGUACUCCGCGAUCCAACAGGAAACUGCUACAUUCAAAAUCCCGAUCCAAUGCAUGUUGACAGUCGUUGCAUCAUUGCUCACUAUCAUCGAUCAUUGGAUGAAACGAAACUCCUGGGGUUUGCCGACGAUCAAGAAGUUGAAGAGAUAGCGGCUCCUUUUGGUUCAGAAGAAGAAAUAACCCAGGAAGUUCUGCAUUUCCCUACAAAUUGUGAUCAAUGUGGUGCUGAAGGACAAACACUAAUGAAACCAACUGAAAUACCAUUCUUUCAAAUGGUAAUUAUUAUGUCUUUUGCGUGUGAUGUGUGCGGUCAUAAAUCAAAUGAGGUCAAGAGUGGAGGAGCAAUAAGAGAACAUGGUUGCCGAAUUGAAUUAAGAAUAGAAGAGCAAGUGGACCUGGCUCGUGACGUCUUAAAAUCAGAUACUUGUGGUUUGGAAAUUCCGGAGCUAGAAUUGGAGGUUGGCUAUGGAGCUCUUUCUGGUCGAUUUACCACCGUCGAAGGAUUACUCAUGGCGACAAAAGAGCAACUCCAAGAACAAUUCAAGUUUUUUAUGGGCGACAGUGCUGAUGAUGGACAACGAACGCAUAUUGUUGCACUUAUGGAGACUUUUGACCAGAUUAUUGCUCUUAAAAAAGUUGUGACGAUAAUUUUGGAUGACCCCGCUGGUAAUAGCUAUAUUCAGAGUCUGUCAGCACCACUAGAUGAUCCACGGUUAAAUAAGAACUUUUACGUGCGUUCUUAUGAGCAAAACGACGAGCUCGGUCUCAAUGAUAUGAAGGUCGAAAACUACGGUGAAAUGGUGCCGAUUGAAGAAGAGAAUGAGGAAGAAAUUAAA